GGGCAAACAAAAAACCAAAACAGCGCAAGUUCCUUAAAAAACCACAUCAGCAGUUUUCCAGAUUGUGAGGAGAAAUUUGCCCCAAAAUUCAGUGAAAUAUUGCCGGAAGUCGUGUGAAAAGUGAUGAUUCACAGCCUGUUCAUCGUCAACGCGUCUGGCGAUGUCUUCCUAGAAAAGCACUGGCGCAGCGUCGUUUCCCGGACAUGCGUUUCCUACUUCCUGGACGUCCAGCGGGAAUCGCCAAAUGACGUCCCCCCGGUCAUCUCGACGCCGCACCACUAUCUGGUGUCGAUCCAGCGCGGCGGAGUGUCGCUGGUGGCGGCCUGCAAGCAGGAGUGUCCCCCGCUGUUCGUGAUUGAGUUUUUGCACCGGGUGGUGGACACGUUUGAGGAUUACUUUUCCGAGUGUACCGAGAGUAUCAUCAAGGAGAACUACGUGGUGGUGUACGAGCUGUUGGACGAAAUGUUGGACAACGGGUUCCCGCUGGCCACGGAGAGUAAUAUUUUGAAGGAGCUCAUUAAGCCGCCGAAUAUUUUGAGAACGAUUGCGAACUCGGUGACGGGAAAGUCAAAUGUCAGCGGAACUCUUCCAACGGGGCAGUUGUCGGCUAUUCCGUGGCGCAGAACCGGUGUCAAAUACACCAACAACGAAGCUUAUUUCGACGUAGUCGAGGAGGUUGACGCCAUCAUCGAUAAGAACGGCCAGACGAUCUUCGCAGAGAUUCAGGGAUAUAUCGACUGCUGCAUCAAGCUCAGCGGAAUGCCCGAUCUGACGCUGUCCUUCAUGAACCCCCGACUGUUCGACGACGUGUCCUUCCACCCCUGUGUUCGCUUCAAGCGCUGGGAAUCGGAGCGAAUCCUCUCGUUCAUCCCACCGGACGGCAACUUCCGCCUGAUGUCGUACCACGUCGGGUCGCAAAGUGUGGUGGCGAUUCCGAUCUACGUGCGGCACAACCUGAGUCUCAAGCCGGGCGAGCAGGGCCGCAUGGACAUCACCGUGGGCCCCAAAACCACCCUCGGAAGGGUCGUCGAGGGGGUCAAGCUGGAGAUUCGUAUGCCCAAGGCGGUGCUGACGUGCGCGCUGCUGGCCAGCCAGGGCAAGUACACGUUCGAUCCGGUCACCAAGACGCUGCACUGGGACGUGGGCCGGAUCGAUGUGACGAAGCUGCCGAACAUCCGGGGAACGGUGUCGGUGGCGUCCGGGUGCACUUCGCUGGAGACGAGCAUUGAUCGCGUUCAAUUCACCAUCUCCCAGUUGGCCGUCUCCGGGCUGAAGGUGAACCGGUUGGACAUGUACGGUGAAAAGUAUAAGCCCUUCAAGGGGGUCAAGUACGUUACCAAGGCUGGGAAGUUCCAGAUUCGCAUGUGAAGUUAAGGCAAGGUAAUUUCCAUCCCGUUUAUUGUGUUGAAAGCAUUUUAGAUCAAAAUCUCACUUUAUUUAUCCCCUAAAAAUGAACGUAUUAUACAUGAUUAUAAAAGUUUAACCAAGCAUCAUUCCGA